AUGGCGGAAAUCCGUCGAAAGCUUGUGAUUGUCGGUGAUGGUGCCUGCGGCAAGACCUGCUUGUUGAUUGUUUUCUCGAAGGGUACCUUCCCAGAGGUCUACGUCCCAACUGUCUUCGAGAACUACGUUGCCGAUGUCGAGGUUGAUGGAAAGCACGUCGAGUUAGCUCUAUGGGAUACGGCUGGACAGGAAGAUUAUGAUCGCCUUCGACCUCUGUCAUAUCCCGAUUCGCAUGUCAUCCUCAUCUGUUUUGCUGUCGACUCCCCCGACUCGCUCGACAACGUUCAGGAGAAGUGGAUCUCUGAAGUCUUGCACUUCUGCAGUGGCCUCCCUAUCAUCCUCGUUGGUUGCAAGAAGGAUCUCCGCUACGAUCAGAAAACUAUUGAAGAGCUUCACAAGACCAGCCAGAAGCCAGUUACCCCCGAGCAGGGCGAGGAGAUUCGCAAGAAGAUUGGCGCCUACAAGUACCUUGAAUGUUCAGCAAAGACAAAUGAGGGUGUUCGUGAGGUUUUCGAACACGCCACGCGCGCCGCUCUUUUGACCAAGAAGAUACACAAGAAGAAGUGCCUUAUUUUGUAA